ACGAUAGUCACGUGUAAGUUGUGAGUCGACUUCUCUCAGUGAUCAGUUGAACAUGAAGGGGCUAUUAGUGCUCUGCGGCUUUUUAGCUACAACAUGCGCGCUUCCUUUACGUCAAAACGCUCUGGAUACAGUCGAUGCUGAAGUCACAGAUAAUGUUCGUUUCUACCUUUACACUGCUUCAAAUCCGGAAGAACCGCAAGAGCUACGCAUUGACAAUAAGGACUCGGUACAAAAAUCACUAUUCGACAAAGGCCGUCAUACAAAAAUCUUGAUUCAUGGCUGGGGUGGCUCAUAUACGACUUCACCAAAUGGCGUGCUGCAUCGAGCAUAUUUCACGCAACAGGAUUACAAUAUAAUUUCAGUUGAUUGGUAUCCCUAUGCCAAAUUGAAUUACAUAUCUGCCCGUGCGAAGGCGCCCAUUGUAGGCGAAAAUAUUGCCGAGUUAUUGGAUUUCCUACAUGAACAAUUCAACUUAAACUAUGACAAAGUGGUGGUGAUCGGCCACAGUUUGGGUGCACACAUCGCAGGCUUUUGCGGCAAGAGCGUAAAGCGUGGGAAGAUUGCUGGGAUUGUAGGCUUGGACCCAGCUUCUCCGCUUUACAGCUAUAAUAAUCCUGAAAGUCGUCUCUCCAGUGAUGAUGCCAAGUUUGUGAUAAGCAUACAUACAAACAGCAAUUUUAAAGGAUUCUCAGAACCCAUUGGCGCAGCGGCAUUCUAUCCGAAUUGGGGUCGCAUACAACCAGGUUGUGGUUUAGAUUUAGAUGGCGUGUGCUCGCAUGCACGCUGCAUAUCUUUGUAUGCGGAAGCUUUACGCGGAUACGGAUUUGUGCCAAUGUACCAAUGUGGCGAUUAUGAUGAUAUUUCAUCGAAAGGUGGCUGCACCCAAAUUGUAACUCAAGUGAAACUGGGUGAUCCACUGCAGAUUGAUCAAAGAGCUGGUAUAUAUUAUUUCACAACAAACUCAGAAUCGCCAUUCGGAGUAUUGGGUGAUAGAAGCGGUAAUAAUGAAAGUAUUGAAUAUGUUGUUAACGUUCCUGAAGUAUAAUCUAAUAAAUG